ACGUUGUUUCUAAAAUGCAAGCGCUCUUAUUUUGAGCCAACAUGACGUCAGUUUCUCCAUAGUCAUCUAUCAGUGUCUUAUUCACUCCCAUCCCGUCUCCUAACGAUGGCGUCCGGCGGUGCAGGUAGCAGGGUCUCCUGCGGGAGAGAUUUGAGUUGUGUUCCCGAAGUGGCGGAUACCCUCGCUGCGGUCGCCAAAUUAGGCUUUGAUUUCCUGUGCAUGCCGCUGUUCCACCCGCGGUUCCGACGGGAGUAUGAACUGGACCCUGCUAAAUCACGACCCGGAGCCCAAACACGCUCUGACCUGCUGUUAUGUGGCAGAGAUUGGAACACACUUAUCGUGGGAAAGCUGUCACCCUGGAUUGAGACAGACUCAGAGCUGACCAUAGAACGCAGGAAUUCAGAAGAAGCGCUGGUACAGGAGCUCAAUUUCUGUGCUUAUCUGGGUUUGCCAGCUUUCAUGAUCCCCCUAAGGGGUCCACACUGUGCCAACCUGGCUCGAAUCCUACUUAACCACAUCCACACAGGACACCACUCUUGCAUGUUUUGGAUACGCGUUCCACUGUUGGCCCCCGAGGACACGCGUGAAGAUCUCAUCGAGAACGAGUCAUCUAAACAAAUGGAUGAUGGCAGCAAUGACGAGAAGACCUGGGCAUGGUGGCACUCAUUCAGAACACUCUGUGACUAUAACAAGAGGAUUUGCCUUGCUAUUGAAAUCGGCGCAGACUUGCCAUCUGACACGUUAAUCGACAAGUGGCUUGGAGAGCCAAUCAAAGCAGCCAUUCUCCCCACCAGCAUUUUUCUAACCAAUAAAAAAGGGUUUCCGGUCCUUUCGAAAGCCCACCAGCGAGUCAUCUUUCGCCUCUUUAAGCUGGAGGCUCAGUUUAUUUUCACAGGGGCAAACCGCCACAGUGAGAAAGACUUGCGCUCGUACCUGCAGUAUCUAGAGUACCUCAACCAAAACCGUCCAGCGCCUAAUGCCUACGAGCUCUUCGCCAAAGGCUAUGAAGAUUACCUUCAGUCACCACUGCAGCCUUUAAUGGACAAUUUGGAAUCACAGACGUAUGAAGUUUUCGAAAAGGAUCCCAUCAAAUAUUCUCAGUACCAACAGGCUGUAUAUAGAUGUCUACUAGACAGAGUUCCUGAAGAACAGAUGGAAACAAAUGUGCAGGUUUUGAUGGUACUAGGUGCAGGUCGUGGUCCACUGGUAAAUGCCUCACUUCGUGCUGCAAAACAGGCUAAGAGGAAACUGCGUGUGUAUGCCGUCGAGAAGAACCCAAAUGCUGUUGUCACGCUGGAGAACUGGAAAUUUGAGGAGUGGGGGGAUCAGGUGACUGUUGUGUCAUGUGACAUGAGGGAAUGGACUGCUCCAGAGAAAGCAGAUAUCAUUGUGAGCGAGCUUUUAGGGUCAUUCGGAGACAAUGAGCUUUCACCCGAGUGCCUUGAUGGAGCGCAGCACUUCCUCAAAGAUGAUGGCAUAAGCAUUCCCAGCUCUUACACGUCUUUUCUGGCUCCACUGUCCUCCUCUAAACUAUAUAAUGAAGUGCGUGGGUGUCGGGAGCGGGACAAAGACCCUGAGUGCCAUUUUGAGACACCAUAUGUUGUCAGACUACACAACUUCCACCAACUUGCAGACCCCAAACCCUGCUUCACCUUCGUACAUCCCACCACAGAUAUGAAUAAUAACCGGUAUCAAUGUCUACGGUUCUUGAUUGGAUGUAAUUCAGUGCUUCACGGCUUUGCUGGAUAUUUUGAAGCCACACUCUACAAAGAUGUCACACUCAGUAUAAAACCUGAAACACACUCUCCUGGGAUGUUCUCCUGGUUCCCCAUUCUAUUCCCUUUGAAACAGCCGAUCCCGCUGUCCAGUGGUGAUAACGUGAGCGUGAGGUUCUGGAGGUGUAAUAAUGGAAAGAAGGUCUGGUAUGAAUGGGCUGUGACUGAGCCUAUAUGCUCCGCCAUUCACAACCCUUCUGGCCGCUCUUACACCAUCGGCCUGUAGCAAGCUGACAUCUACUGACACAUGGGGUUACACUGACUUUUUUUUUUUUAUAAACAAUCUUGUUUUCAAUCAAGCGGCAGGUUUACAUAUCUUGUUUCAAGGGCCCAAUUAACUCAAGGACAUUGUUCACCAUGACCGCUAUGUAUCUCUGGCCAUUUCUGUAAUGUUCAUUAGGAUGGAAAUUAAAACAGCACUUACGAGGUAUCCUUUAAAGCAAUGCAAGAUGUCCUGGUGCUCUUUCUUAGUUUAAACUCUUCUGAUAUUUAAAAAAUAUAUUAAAAACACAAAAGCUGUUAGUUUUCGAAUACUAUUGUUUCUAGAACUGAUUAAGUGUGUCCAACAGUCUAUUUUGUCACUCAUAAUACAUCAGCCUUAUUUCCCUGUUGUCCACCAGUGCCCUGCAAAGCCCCAUUGUGAGAAUAAUCAUAGUAUGAUGUCCCCAGUCAGGCCACGCUAGAAAACAUAUCCCAUACUUUUAUACAGGUUUUUUUUCCUGAUUAAAAAAAAUUAUUGUCAUACACCCUGAAUAAAAAAGGUACAAAAUUA